GAUCAAUAUAAGUAGCAAUCUCCGUUCUCAGUGCUCCGCUAUUUACUUCGAGUCUAGUUAACGUGCAAGAUGGCAGCUAUCAUGAAAUUCGUCUUCCUCCUCGCAACUGCUUCGAUGGUUGUCAACGCAGCCCCGUCGAAAAAAUCCAUUGCCGAUGUAGUCGAAGUUACCGAAGAGUUCCGAGUUCGCUUCGAGGAACUCUCACAGGAGAAAGAGCAGAUGCUACAAUUCGCCCGUACGGCACUUUUUGCCACGUACCGUCACAUGAACGAAGACAUGCUGAUCGACUUGGGAAACACACGCAACACAAUCGAUUAUGGCUUUGACGAAACUCGGACGCUGAUCGCCGAAAAGCUGCUUAUGGGAGGAGAUGAGGACUGCCUGCUCGAUCUGGUAUCCCAGAUCCGCGAUGAACAACGUGCACUGGCCUCCGGUAUGAGUGUAUGUGCCGCAGGAAGCAACGAUGCCAAAGAUGAGCUAGCAUCUUCCUUCCUGGAAGUACUGAUACUUCUUCAACGGUUGGCCACCGCACAAACGGAAAUCGUUCUAUGGUCCUACACUAACUACAACUCGGUUGUGGCAUCAGCUGACCAUGCCGAUUAUUUGCGCCGUACCUUUGGCGAGAUGGAUUAUCUGUGGAAUACCCAGGUGAAGCAGAUCCUUCAAUUCGAAAUCGAUGCCAUGGAGCACAAUCGGCCGAUUCUGGUGGCGCAGAACUUGGACUGUCUGGAUAAGUUGCCGCAGCAGCUGCUAUUGUUCGAUGAGCAAAUUCGCAGUAAGAUCAGUACCUGUGCGGCACCGCUCAAAGUUUAGAGGUUAGGAAAGGAAGACGAAUAUCGCUCGCUUGUUGGUUAGAAUGUGUAUAUGGAAGUAAACGAUGUAUGUUUCGAGA